AUGGGAGAUAAGUGGGACCCGAGAGUGUCAGCGCCAAUAAGUAGAACGCCGCACCCAGUAGUACACGAUAUUAAGUAUUACGGGAAGUGUAUGUUGGGAGGGAUUCUGUCCUGCGGACUCACGCACACGCUCGUGACGCCGCUCGACGUGACGAAGUGUAAGAUGCAGACGAACCCACAAGUGUACAAGUCGCUCAUCUCAGGCCUGGGAGUUAUCAUGAAGCAAGAAGGACUGCCAGGAAUAGUCAAGGGAUGGAAGCCAACACUGCUGGGCUAUUCAAUGCAGGGACUGGGCAAAUUCGGACUCUACGAGUUCUUCAAGGACUUCUACGGAGGAUACCUGGGAGAAGAAAGGGCCUACAAGUACAAGGGAAUGAUGUGGCUGGCAGCCUCGGCGUCAGCAGAGGUGUUCGCAGACGUGCUGCUGUGUCCAAUGGAAAUGGUGAAGGUGAAGGUGCAGACAGCGCCACUGACAGAACAGUGGCCGACAAGCCUGAUGAAGGCAACCUGCAAGAUGAACUCAAUGAAAGCAGAAACUAAGUUCCCAUUCGGAAGCCUGAGGCCGCUGCUGAGCAGGCAGGUGCCAUACACAAUGGCGAAGUUCUACUUCUUUGAAAAAGUAGUGCAGCUGUUCUACGACCACGUGUUCACGAAGCCGAAAAGCGAGUACCCAAAGCAAGUGCAGCUGGGAGUAACGUUCGCAUCAGGAUACCUGGCGGGAAUCAUAUGCGCAGUGGUGUCACACCCGGCGGACUCACUGGUGUCACAAAUGGGCAAGUCGGAAAACAAGGGAAAGAGUUUCGGACAAAUGGCCAAGGAGGUGGGCGCCGUUAACCUGUUCACGAAGGGCUUGGGAACGAGAGUGUUGAUGAUAGGCACACUGACGGGACUGCAGUGGUGGAUAUACGACACAUUUAAGGUAUUUUCGAAAAAUAGACAAAUAGGCAUAUUCAUGAUGGAGUGA